AGUCGCCAGUUGAAGCUCAACCGAAGCGGUCAUGGACAUUGAAACGGCCAAGGAGCCGGUGGAUCCGACGGAUACUCCGGACAUAGAAGUGGCUUCAGGUCUAUGCCAGCCCCUGCGUCGUAGAUUUAGGCGGUUUUUCACCGCCAAACAGCUUUACGAGUGCCUGCGUCCCGUGUUCCAUGUGACCUACAUCCACGGACUCACCUCCUUCUACAUCAGUUGCGACAGUAAGACCGGAAGGCGGGCCAUCAAGAAAACCAUCUUUGGCUACAUCAAUGGCACCAUGCACAUCGCCAUGUUCGUCUUUGCCUAUAGCCUAACGAUCUACAACAAUUGCGAGUCGGUGGCCAGCUACUUCUUUCGGUCCCGCAUCACCUACUUCGGGGAUAUGAUGCAGAUAGUGAGUGGAUUCAUUGGAGUUACAGUCAUUUACCUGACGGCCUUCGUGCCAAACCAUCGACUGGAGAGGUGCCUCCAGAAGUUCCACACCAUGGACGUGCAACUCCAGACGGUGGGGGUGAAGAUCAUGUACAGCAAGGUGCUGCGGUUUAGCUACAUGGUCCUCAUCUCCAUGUUCCUCGUGAACGUCCUCUUCACCGGCGGCACCUUCUCGGUGCUCUACUCAUCGCAGGUGGCGCCCACCUUGGCCCUGCACUUCACCUUCCUCAUCCAGCACACGGUCAUCGCCAUAGCCAUUGCGCUCUUCAGCUGCUUCACCUAUCUGGUGGAGAUGCGCCUGGUGAUGGUCAAUAAGGUGCUGAAAAACCUAGCCCAUCAAUGGGACACCCGCACCCUCAAGGCAGUGGCUCAAAAACAGCGCUCCCUACAAUGCCUGGAUUCGUUCUCCAUGUACACCAUCGUAACCAAGGAUCCUGCCGAGAUUAUACAGGAGUCCAUGGAGAUACAUCAUCUGAUUUGCGAGGCCGCCGCCACGGCCAACAAAUAUUUUACCUACCAGCUGCUGACCAUUAUAUCCAUAGCAUUUCUGAUCAUCGUUUUCGAUGCGUACUAUGUUCUGGAGACCCUGCUGGGGAAAUCGAAGCGUGAAAGCAAAUUCAAAACUGUCGAGUUCGUGACGUUUUUCUCCUGUCAAAUGAUCCUGUAUCUGAUCGCCAUCAUUUCGAUUGUCGAGGGUAGCAAUCGCGCCAUCAAGAAGAGCGAGAAGACGGGAGGAAUAGUGCACUCCCUACUCAACAAGACCAAAAGUGCAGAGGUCAAGGAGAAACUGCAGCAGUUCUCCAUGCAGUUGAUGCAUCUCAAAAUAAAUUUCACUGCAGCUGGGCUGUUUAACAUCGACCGCACCCUGUACUUCACGAUCAGCGGGGCCUUGACCACUUAUCUCAUCAUCUUGCUGCAGUUCACGUCCAAUUCCCCCAACAAUGGUUAUGGGAAUGGCAGCUCUUGCUGUGAGACCUUCAGUAACAUGACGAAUCAUACGCUUUAGAUGUGCUAUCGAUGUCAUUACAAUAUGGGGGAUGGAAUCGAGUCUAUGGAGUCUAUGGAGCCGGUGAAAUGGUAUUGAAUACGUCCAGCAGAAUGUGUAUUUUUUGUAAAUGUUAUUGUUGUUGCUAAAAGUGUUUUCUGUCAAUAUGAACCAACGGUUGGAAAUAAAUUCUUAAUCG